AUACUAUUUGUUACUUUGUUUUCUGCGUCCCUCACUUUCUGCUCUGGGAACCCUCUCCUCCAAGUGGUAACGAGAUAAGAGAGAGGGAUGGAAAGCGCAGCAAUGUGGCAAGCAGCGACGCUUUGUGGAAUUGUGGCAUGGAUUGUGAUAACUUCACGCCUCAAUGUGACCCUCAAGCUUAGAUCUUUUCUACAGCCAUGGGUGGCUCACCAUGUCAUCACCGGGACCCCUUUCAUCCUUCAGAUCCAGAAAUACCAGCAUGGGUUUCUUGAUGCUCUGUUCUCUGGGUUGUCCUGUGUUGUAUCUGUUCCCUUUUACACUGCUUUUCUUCCUCUGCUCUUCUGGAGCGGGCAUGGCAGAUUGGCUCGGCAAAUGACCCUUUUGAUGGCAUUUUGCGAUUAUGUAGGGAACUGUAUAAAGGAUUCAGUAUCAGCUUUGAGACCCAGUUCACCACCAGUCAGGAGAGUAACUGCCACGAAAGAUGAGGAAGAUAAUGCAUUGGAGUACGGCAUGCCGUCUUCCCACACUCUUAAUACAGUUUGCUUAUCUGGGUACCUUUUGCACUAUGUCUUGUCUUAUCCUCAGUAUGAAGAUGCCUCCAUGAAAUUUGUUGGGGUUGCUCUUGUUUGCUUGCUUGUGGGCUUCAUUGGUUUGGGAAGAAUUUACCUCGGCAUGCACAGUUUGGUUGAUGUCAUUGGUGGUCUUGCCAUUGGACUGGUGAUCCUUCCAUUCUGGAUCACAGUUCAUGAAUACGUUGACAUUUUUGUAGUCUCAGGACAAAAUGUUACAUCCUUUUGGGCCGCCCUAAGCUUCCUGUUGCUCUUUGCCUAUCCAACUCCUGAGCUUCCAACCCCAAGCAUCGAGUACCACACAGCCUUUAAUGGUGUGGCAUUUGGAAUUGUUGCUGGGAUCCAGCAAACAUACCAUCAGUUUCACCAUGAAGCCGUUCCUCGUAUAUUUACCCCACAACUCACAAUCCCUACUUUUGUGGGAAGAAUGUUGCUUGGGAUACCCACCAUACUUCUUGUGAAGUUCUGUAGUAAGGCUCUGGCAAAAUGGAUUCUCCCUGUUGUGUCAAACACAUUGGGCAUCCCUAUUAAAUCAAGCGGCUACAUCCCAAAUCUAAAUGGAAAUGGGAAAAAAUCGGACAAGAUUAUACAAUCUAGUUUUAUCCAAAAGCUGUUCUUUUUCUCCCAACAGAGUACAUUUGAUGUUGAUACAGGUAUAAGGUUCCUACAAUACGCGGGCCUUGCAUGGUCGGUGGUGGAUUUUGUUCCAUCUCUUUUCUCUCACGUGAGCUUGUAAUGCUUGGUUGUCCUUUUAGAGUAUUAUUAUUAUGUUACCUACUAGUUUUUGACGCAAGUAUGCAAUGGGUAAUGGAAAUAUAAACGCUAAUGGUAAAUCGUACAUGUUAUUCGCUGAGAGAA